CGCCAUCCACGUGAGCAGAUUCUGCCAUGCCUAUUUCUCUGUGAUUCAUUCAUGCUCUUUCGUUCUCCGUCUCUCCCCUCCACCUUGUGAGCUUCUAUAACAUAUAUACGGAAUAAAAUAUCUGAGUGUUAGAGAGAGAGAGAGAGAGAGAGAGAGAGACGUUAAAACAAGUGCGGUUACAUAUAUAUAUAUAUAUAUUGAGAAUAUCUCAAUCUCAGAGAUCGAACCAAUCGUUGCAUUAUAUAUAUGAGAGAGAGAGACAGAUCAUCAGAGAGGAAUCAUCUCUGGCUUGAAUCAAUACAACAUACAACUCAAGAUUCCUGAGGUAGCCGCCAUUGUUGGAGCUCGAUCACAGUGAGAUUUCUGCGACAUCUUCUUCGGAAACAGUGGACGAUUUGCUUGUUCAUCCUUCAUUUUCUCGAUCGCGCGCCUCUCCCUCGGCACUGUAGAUUGUGAAGCAUGGCCGACGUUCUACAGUGAAAAGAAGAUCCAUAGGUCGAAACCUUUCAUUGGAAUUAAAAACAAAACCUCCACCAUUGAUUCUUGCAGAAACUGUAAGAAGCAAUGGCAUAUACUACGGUGAGCAUCCCUUCAUAUUCUGCAGCAGCUUCUGCAACAUUAAUGGACAUGGCAAAAGAGCAGAGCGGUCUCCGUCGAUCAAGCUCCAACAAGGACCUGUGUAGGAAUUCUAAGAUGCGAAGGUCUUAUUCCGACAACCACCUUUGCCACGCGGUCAAAGCCGGCGGCGUCCAAGCCGCGGCGGUGGAGCCAAAGUUAAAGAGCAGUAGAUCCAUGGGGAUUUUCCCAUUUCAACUUUCGAACUCGCUUCAAUCCUUCUUGUUCAAUCCAGAAACAAGCAAGGACAUGAAUUUGAUGGAGAAGGAGAAGGAGCUGGUUAACAUCGUGGAGGAAGGUAAGAGUGAAAGUGGCGUGGAAGAUGAUGUGCAGAGGGCUAACUGGGUAGAGAGGCUUAUGGAGAUUAAGAGGCAGUGGAGGAAUAGAACUGCGAAGGAGAAUAUGGAUCCAGAUAUUAUCAAUAAUGAAGAUGAAUACGAUUGUGAUGAAGGUGACGGUGUGUGCAUGGUGGAUUAUCAAGAAGAAGAUGAAGAAGAAAAAGAAGAAGAAGCAUUUGAUCACGAGUCUUUCUCUAAGUUUCUAGUGCGUGUUCCUUGGUCUGACACUAAACUAUACUCUCAGCUCGCUUUUCUCAGCAAUAUGGCCUAUGUAAUACCACAGAUCAAGGCUAAGGACUUGAGGAGAUACUAUGGUCUUCAAUUCGUAACAUCUUCUUUAGAGAAAAAAGCAGAGGUGGCUAAGAUCAAAACAAAACUUGACCAAGACUCUACCCAAGUGCCUCCAUCUUCCUCAUCACAAGAAUCCUCUCAAGAUAACUCAAAGAAGAAGCCUAAAAUCCAGCCAUCUGCUGCGUACGAGAUUGCAGCCUCAGCAGCCUCGUAUGUGCAGUCAAGAGCUAAGGAUCUUUUGUCUCGCGGCUCUGUGUCACGGCCAGAACUUCACAGCGAGGAUUCACGCGGAAGACUAGACAUUGAAGUUGAAGAUGCAGAAGAGGCCUCACGGGUUGCGGCUUAUGUCGCCGCAUCCACCAUGACGGCGGUGGUCGCCGCCGGAGAGAAGGAGAAACAGGAAGCAGCAAAGGACCUUCAAUCACUUCAUUCAUCACCUUGUGAAUGGUUUGUCUGCGAUGAUUUCAGCACUUAUACUCGCUGCUUCGUAAUCCAGGGAUCAGAUUCCUUGGCAUCUUGGCAAGCGAACCUUUUCUUUGAGCCCGCUAAAUUUGAGGACACAAACGGGCUUGUUCACAGAGGAAUAUACGAAGCAGCGAAGGGAAUAUACGAGCAAUUCAUGCCAGAAAUAAUGGAGCAUUUGAGAAAGCAUGGAGAUCGCGCGAAGCUGCAAUUCACGGGCCAUUCCUUGGGAGGUAGUCUUGCUCUUCUGGUGCAUCUAAUGUUACUAACAAGGAAGGUGGUGAGCCCUUCGACUCUGAGACCAGUCGUGACUUUUGGCUCACCAUUUGUGUUCUGUGGAGGAAGAAACAUACUUGACGAGCUAGGGUUGGACGACAGCAUUAUUCACUGCGUCAUGAUGCACAGAGACAUUGUUCCCAGAGCCUUCUCUUGCAAUUACCCUAACCACGUUGCUCUCCUCCUCAAGCGCUUGAACGCCUCCUUCAGAUCACAUCCUUGUCUCUUGAAAAAUAAGCUAUUGUACUCGCCAAUGGGCAAAAUGUUCAUUCUGCAACCAGACGAGAAGACAUCUCCAGCACAUCCAUUAUUGCCUUCAGGCUGUGCCUUGUAUGCUCUGGACGACACCAUAUUUGGCUACUCAAAAGUUCUGAGGGCAUUCCUCAACCAGCCUCACCCUUUGCAAACCCUCAGUGACCCCACAGCCUAUGGCUCUGAAGGAACCAUCCUCAGAGACCAUGAUUCUAGCACCUACCUUAAAGCUCUCAACGCCGUCCUGCGACAGCAUACCAAGGUUUUCGUCCGUAGAGUCAGGAGGCAGAGGAUUGACCACCUCUGGCCUCUCCUUAACUCACCUUCUCCACACUCUUGGAGCCAUGAACAAAGCUUUCAGAGCCAUGCCUUAGUCUCCAAGGAGAUCAUGACUGGGGUGUAA